AUGCGUGAGUUUCCACUGCUGGAAAGAGGCUGGAUUUUCCAAGAACGCCUAUUCGCUCGCAGAUUGGUGCAUUACACCAAUCGAGAGAUUUCUUGGGAAUGUUACGACAGCAAAGCAUGCCAGUGCACGUCUCCAAAAGAUCUUAUACCUUAUUCAGACUCAGACGCGACGGAUAUCUUCGUAGGCACUUGGUUUCGGGAGACUAAUCACGGCCUGAAGACGAAAGACUUCAAGGCCCUCUACAGAGGAUUGGUGUCUCAAUACACUGGACUGUCGCUGACAGAUGAACGUGACCGAUUGCCUGCACUUGCAGGAUUGUCAGAGCAGGUGGCCCGGACUACAGGAGAUGAGUUGGUCUAUGGCUUAUGGAAGGACAGUCUGGUGGAGGACUUGCUCUGGUCCGUCAGCGCCCUUGACACUGCACAGAAGCGGCUUCUGCGACUCCCGUGCUAUCCAUCUUGGUCAUGGGCUUCCGUCAAUACAAGUGUAGACUUUGCGACAGGAUUCUCUGGCGUAAUCUCCUGGGCGGAGGGCAGCCAUGUUGAAACCUUCGCCCAGGCGGCACUGGCAACACAGCCAGAUGGCGCAGAAGACCAGAAUCACUACCUGGAGUUGACUGGCCAAAUCCUGCCUGCACGAUUGCGUCUUCAGAAUACAGGACAACAAGGGCUGGACUUUGGGAACAAAUACCGCUUGCGGCAGCAGAGCGAGGUUUACUUUUCCUCCGAUGCAAACGUCACCAAUGCCAGCGUCCAAUGCGCAGGCCAGAUGCUGAACGUCAAGGUAGUCCGACUCGCAGGGGUGAAGAGUGGUUAUUGCAGACUUGUCGACUAUUCUGUAGUUGUGCAAGACUAUAGAGCAGUCGGACCACACUUGGAUGAGAAGCACACCGGGAUCAGUUAG